AUGACUGCGACGGAUACUUGUGAUACAGAUUCACUCGGACUUGGACUCUCUCGAAAUGAUGCGAGCUCGACGGCGCGUGUACCGAUUGACCGCAUCCCGGAGGAUGUGAUGCACGUCAUUUUUGAGUCUUGGAGAAACGAUGCACCUCAUGAGCAGUUUUAUACUGCGCUUUGCGUGGCCUCUGUUUCUCGGUCAUGGCGGCACGUCGCACUCAACACUUCCUCGCUUUGGACGUCCCUCGUUUUGGUCCUGGACGGUCUCCAUUCUCCAAACCCUCUCCCGUUGUUCCUUGAGCGAUCUUGCAAUCGGCAACUGACCCUCGUCGUCCGGCGCAAGGAAGAGGUCGAUCGGACAAUUACACUUACGGACAUGCAUGCUCUGACAACGCUAGCAUGCGAUGUCAUGAAGUUGCUGGUCGAACAUCUUGAAGCGUGGUGGUCUAUCACCAUUUCGGCUGACAUCGUCGACCUGGCACGAAAAUGCUUACCCUCGUUGCAGUGGCAAGGCUGCGCUCGUUCAUUACGACACUUGGUCAUCGUGGACCCCAUCAGUUCUCUUGACAUCUCUCCCUAUCCUUUACUGCCACUCAUCGGUUCUAACUUUCGCGCCCCACAGCUGUGUACGUUAGAAUUGCGGUCUACACUCGAGUUCAUGGCCGAUCUCGAUCUCGGCACCUUCCCAGCUCUGGAGAAGGUGUUGGCAACUGACGAUAGCUUGCCCUUUGGGCGGGAGGCAUCGGAUUUCAUGAAGAGGUUCCACUCCCUUAGGCUUCUUACUUGUAUCCAUCUCAUUGGCUCUCAAUUCGAACUGAUGACGCUGCAAACCCAUGUUGAAAAGGUCGAAUUGCAGUCGUUAAAGGAGUUUACAUUCGAGGAUAUGCCGCUCGAGGAGGUCGUCACUCUCUUGGCAAUAAUCCACGCUCCCGUUCUAUCUGCAAUUAGGUGUAUUAACCUGGAUGUCCAUCAAAGCUACCCGCUCAUAGAUCAAGAUGACUUAGCCUACUUCCCGUCCUCACCCAGCCUCACGCUGUCCAAGCUGUCCUCUGGUGUCAAGAUCGAGGUCUUCGGAGAGAUUGCGUACCCUUUUGAAGUCGUGCAUUUUGUAGGAUGCGGCGGCCGACUCGAUGAGCUUAUCCGGGUAACAUCUCGGGGAAGCCCAGGUACUUACGGGAACUUCCCGCGGAUGGUGCGCCUAGACAUCCAGAGCGAAGCUGGAGUCUCCCCUCGUUGGCUUCGACAUGUGGUUGAAGUGCGCCAGAGAGCGAGUAAAGUCUCCCCCAUACAUACCAGUUUCGAAAGUCCCUCCGUGAUCGAAGAGAUUCGUGUUCAAACGCUCCGGGAGAUACCCCAAGAGGACCGCGAUUGGUUUGAACGGAACUUGCAGUUGUUCGAGUGGGUCACAGAUGACGUGGUAGAUGUGAGGUUAGAUGGUUCGGUCACAAUUUUUUGUCGAUUCUGA